UUACGCAAAUGCAUCUCCAGGGUGCUCGUCAACCUCCUCACCAAGUUCCACUGCCUACCGCCAUCGUUCUUCAUUUCCGGCGUUGAUCUGCGCUCACAGCGGCCCGUAACAUCCGGCGGUUUUGGCGACAUCUACCAGGGCACCUACGAAGGCAAAACGGUGGCGAUCAAGUUGUUCCGCAUGUACAAACCGGCUAACGGGCCUCUCCUGAUGAACAGGAGAUUCUACCGGGAAGCGUUUGUGUGGCGAUCAUUGGAACAUCCUCACGUCUUGCCGUUUUAUGGGAUUGACUCUGCUCUGUUUUGUCCUGGACUAUGCAUAGUGUCUCCGUGGAUGGAGAAUGGAACUCUGACUGACCAUAUCACGAGAAGUCAGUGCUCUCAGGCUAUCGUUACGAAACUGGUGAGUCAAUUCGCUUGA